CGGAGAACGCGCUUCAGGAAGCUGUUUUCCACAGGAAAUAGCAGCCAAGCACACAGAAGGUGCGAUCUAAACAAAAUUGGAAAUGGCUGCUAUUUAGCAAACGUACACGCAGCGCAUCAAAUAUACUAAUCGAAGGACCACGCAGUGUCACAGGCAGCUAAAAUGUCCUGCCGCGAUGUACACGCCACCUCGGUGUUCGCCUUCAUCAUCGCACUGGUGUCCACGGGCGGGCUCCUCGUGGCGACCCUGAUCCCGCAGUGGCGUGUCACCAGGCUGGUCACCUUCAACCGGAACGCGCGGAACGUCACCGUCUACGACGGGCUCUGGGCCAAGUGCGUCCGCCAGGAGGGCAGCACCGGCUGCUACUUCUACGACACGGAGUGGUACGCACGGGUGGACCAGCUGGACCUGCGCGUGCUCCAGUUCGCCCUCCCGUUCUCCAUCUUCUUCUCCACGCUGGCGCUGCUCCUGAGCAUGUGCGGCAUGUGUAAGACGGCCUGCUGCGCGGCCACCCCCGAGGUGGACAGCAAGAGACGGUGCCUGGUGAACAGCGCGGGCUGCCACCUGGUGGCUGGGAUGUUCCUCUUCCUGGCCGGGGCCAUCGCCAUGGCGCCCUCCGUCUGGUUCCUCUUCUACACCAAGGAGAUGAACAGGAAGUACGACAGAAUCUUCUCGGACGACUUUGCGGCGUACAUGGCCAUCGGCUGCUCGGGGGGGCUGGUGCUGGCAGCGCUGCUGCUGUUCAUGUGGUACUGCAUGUGCAAGCGGCUGCCCUCCCCCUUCUGGCUCCCGUUCCCCGCCAUGUCCCAGAGCUACUCCACGCAGCCGCUCACCUCCAACGGCUACCCCUCGCCCGUCUACGCCCCCGCGCAGACCUACGUCCCGCAGGCGUACCCGCCCUCGGUGCUGGACGCGCAGGCCUACGCCCAGUCGCAGUAUCCUGAGUCGCAGUACCCCCAGUCACAGUACCCCCAGUCGCAGUACGGCCAGUCGCAGUACGGCCAGUCGCAGUACGCCCAGUCGCAGUACCCCCAGUCACAGUACGGCCAGUCGCAGUACGCAGCGAGUGCCGCGCCCCAAGGCUCCGCCCCCGACGGGUACGGUUCGGAGGCGGGCACGUCGCAGGCGUACGGCGCCCACAGCUACGCCCCCUCGCAAGGCUACGGGUCCGGCUACGGCGGGCCCCGCUACUCCACGCGGUCCCGGCUGUCCGCCAUCGAGAUCGACAUUCCCGUCGUCACGCACGAGCUCUGAGAGAGAGAUGGUCGCCACCGAGGGGCCCACACGUUUGCGGGGGGACCGUGGCGUGCCGUCGGAGGGCGACGGGCACGGGACUCGUCAGACGGGAACAAAAGCACUGAAUCAGCCGGAUCAGUCCUAGCACUACGGAGACACUGAACAAAUAAGACAUUGUCAUUUGCAAAUGUCUGUAAGAACACAGAUGCACUCAGCUGACAUCACUUUAAAAGUGCAUCAUACACCAAGCAGAAAAAGAGAUGGAUAGAAUGAAACUCUCGUUUUCGAGGAAGAAAACUCAUGCCACAUUGCAAAUUAGCCCGUAUUCUUUUUAUGAAAACAAUGUUUUUGUCAUUUCCAUUUGCACUUUCUUUCAGCCCCUUAAUUACGAUGUGAUUUCAGCUUUGCGACGUUUAUGUGCUGAUUAACAUAAACUGAUUUUUGAAGUAGCGCCUCAGAAAAGCUGCUUGCUUGUGAAACGGUCAAGACAUCUUGAAGAAUGAGUGGAGGUCAAAGUUCCUUAAAAAUAAAAAUGGCCACCACUGAUUUUUCAAGAUUUCUCAUUUGUGCCUUGGUAUAAAUUUUGUCCCGAGUUGUGAAUCAGUUCGCGUCUGCUGUGCCUUUUAACAAGUAAUUCACAAUUUAAUGCUAUAUUAUGUUGCGUUCAUAUAAUGCUUUUACGUUAGACAGCUUUUGACUGUGUCAGUAACACUUAGAAUAGGCUAUAUAUUGACAUUCUAAAAUGUGAAUGUGUGAAAUUAGUUUUUAACACUACAGAACCAGAAAAGAGCCAUAUCCUUUUCUCUUUCAGUCUUAAUCUAAAACCUUAAAAAUGAAUGUGCAGCUAAUUAUUGUCCUACUGUAGAAUGACGCAUUUUCAUGUACUGAAGUAUUCACAUUCAUGAGAAGUGGACCUUUUCAAAACUACGUCUCGGUAUAACGUUGCUCUUCAUAGAUGGCCACCUGUGUCAUCUUGUCUGUUAAGGAAGUCUUAUUGUUUUCACCUGUGGAAAAGCGCCCUUUGAUAUGCAGCUACACACUAGGACUUAAAGCUGCAUACUCUGCACCUCAGUCUUACUCUCUCUUUUCUAUGUUGUAUUUAUAGAUUUAAAUGGUCAAAGCACUAUUAUCGUAGCUGUGUAGCAUCCCAGUGCGUGUUCUGUUACAUUUUGGGUAGAAUUUCCAGAGAGCUUAUGUGAUUUUACCAGUCUUAAAACUCUCAGAUUCUUUAUUUUAUCUACAAAAUAAUUCCAGUAUUAGGCUACUUUGUAUAUAAAGAAAGUGAAUUUUUUUUUUUAGGAACGGCAGACCUGGUGAUUUCUGAGUUCUUAAGAAGAGAACAGCAAUUGGGAUGUUUUGCGCAGUAGUCACUCUUGGGGACACAGUCAUUUCUAUUGAGUCAUCACUAACCCCAAAGAUGCACAGUAGCCAUUUUGCACUGCGCUAGAUCAGUAAUAAAAUAAAUUAACACUUGUAAAAAAACGUGAUACUUUUAGUCACAAACACAACACCUUGCAGAAAAACACUACACUUUGCUUUUUUGUAAUUUUUUUUUUGUGGAUAACCUUCGUAUUUGUCAAACUCUGUGCACGGUCUCUUUUGAAUUUGCACAUGAAGUAGGCAGAGGUUAUUACAAUGUCCAAUUUGUCCAUACAGAAAAUAUCUGUAGAAUUGUAUUUUCUAAUAAAUGAGUUGUUUCACUUGA